AUGCCAUUCUUUCGGGGAGUUGCGGAUACGCCCGCUGAGAGGGUUGAUCUGCAAAAAGUGGAAUUGGGCGCUUGGUCCUGGCUGGGCGGGCUAGCUAACUCUUUUACUCAAAGGAAAGAAGGUAAAGAAAAAGAAGAGAGCGACAGGAGCUCUGUGGUGCCUUGGGAUCACUUUGCUCCCCUUCACCCUUUCCCGCUGCUAAGGGAAAGCAAGAAAGAAGAAAUUCUUUUUAACAAGCACCCCUCGUCGCCCCUGUACCCGAAACAGAUGCGCUGCGCUACCCAGCGCAUAACCUUGUCUCCCCUACUCCUCUUCUGGUUAUGCCAUUACCAAUCGCGGCCCCGGUCCGGCCGCCCCUGA